CGCAUAGUGCCCACACUGAGCUCUCACUCACACAGAUCAACAUGUCGUCCAACUCCAACAACAUCUUCAAUGCUGUCUCCAUCUUUGAUGGAAAGCACUGGCUUGUCUGGUCCGGAACUAUGGAGUCCUAUCUGGAGCAUCAGGGGAUCUCAUACGUGCUGACCGAGACCGCGCCAACCGAAGUCAAGGCUACGGAUGGCUCUGUGACCAACGCAUCGGAGAUCAAGCAAUGGAAGCAUGAUGAU